GGAAGCGUCGGACUGCGAUGAGUUGGGUGUUGCCGGCUGCCGUGCCCGCUGCUGGGUGAAGCGUUGCGCGCAGCUGCUGCAAACUCGACCCUUCCCGGCCCGGCGGCCGCGGCACCGCCCGCGCCCCGGGAAGCUGCUGGUGCGAGCGGGCGGAGCUGCUUUCGCGAGACACGAGCCCGGUGCCUUUGUCUUUGUGUUCGAUGUGGGAAAGGAAACCUGGAAAUCCUACGACUGGUCAAAAAUUACAACUGUGGCAGCUUUCGGAAAGUACGAUCCUGAGCUCAUGUGCUAUGCUCACUCUAAAGGCUCCAGGAUAGUACUGAAAGGUGAUGUACCGCUUAAGGAAAUUGUUGAUCCUGCUAAAAGAGCGACAUGGAUAUCUCAACAGGUGGACCUUGCAAAGAAACAGUAUAUGGAUGGAAUUAACAUAGAUAUAGAGCAAGAAGUUAAUGAAACCUCUCCUGAGUAUUAUGCAUUAACAGAGCUUGUUAAAGAAACUACAGAUGCUUUUCACAGAGAAAUUCCAGGAUCACAGGUAACAUUUGAUGUGGCUUGGUCUCCAGCAUGCAUAGAUAAAAGGUGCUACAACUACACUGGGAUUGCAGACGCCUGUGACUUCUUAUUUGUGAUGUCAUAUGACGAACAGAGCCAGAUCUGGACAGACUGUAUUGCAAAAGCCAAUGCUCCUUACCUGCAGACUUUAGUUGGAUAUGAAGAGUACAUUACUAUGGGCAUUGAUCCUAAGAAGCUUGUGAUGGGCGUCCCCUGGUAUGGUUAUGACUAUGUCUGCCAAAACCUAUCUCAGGAUCAUGUUUGUUCCCUUUCCAAAGUACCUUUCCGUGGGGCUCCUUGCAGUGAUGCUGCAGGGCAUCAGGUUCCCUAUGGAGCAAUUAUGAAGCAAGUGAACAGUUCUUUUUCAGGGGUGCUGUGGGAUGAGGUACAGAAGUCUCCGUUUUAUGAAUACCAGGAUUCUCUUGGUCACUUCCACCAAGUAUGGUAUGAUGACCCUCGCAGCAUUUCUCUAAAAGCAGCAUAUGUGAAGCAUCGAGGUUUAAGGGGCAUUGGCAUGUGGAAUGGAAAUAGUCUCGACUAUUCCAGGGAAGCUCUGGCGGAACAACAAACUGAAGCAAUGUGGCAAGCCCUGACACCGUAA